AUGUUCGUGGACUCCGAACAAAAGCUGCUGUUUUUUAUAAUGCUAUUUGUAGUGUACAUUUGCAAUGUCUACAUACCACCUGAUAAGCCCAAUGCUGAAUAUGAGCAAUUUUAUGAUGCUAUCUUGUCAUCGCACGUCCUAUUUGAUAAAAAUUUAGUUAUAAGAGGGGAUUUCAACAUAGACAUGGAUUGGGCUGCUUUAGACGCGAAUGAAGCGUGUGAGUUCUUUUAUAAUAAACUGUACAAUGCUUUUGAUACCUGUGCUCCAAAAUAUGUCCGAGCAACGAUACGUAAAUGCCCACCAUGGUUCAAUUCAGCAAUAAUUAAGCUUAUCAAACGCAAGGAGAAGAUUCACCGAUCUUACAGACGCAACAAUGAUACUAAAACGUACCAGACAUUCAGGGAACUUAGAUCAAAAAUUAAGAUAGAUUCAGAUGAAGCAUACAAAAUAUAUGUCAGACAAGCUGAGAACGAAAUACAAAGAGAUUCGAAUAAAUUUUGGGGCUUCUUAAAUUCUAAGCGAAAAUCAACAAACUUAUCAAGUAGGAUGAUUUACAAUGUACAGCUUUGGCAAUGUGAAAAUGUCAAUAUUCGAUAUGCCAAUGAUACGAUAGUUCUUGUUAACAAUACGGGGACAGUUCAACCAUUUGUAGAUGGUUCUGUAGAUAGUUCAGUACAAGGUGCCUAUGAAGCAGGACUUUUGAAAAACUGUGCCUUUAAACCUAUCCUCUACUAUAGUAGUAACCUGAAAUCAGCUAAAGGAUUCAGAUUGGCUGUUGUAGUAUUUAUAAUUCUCUUGCAGCCGAGUGAGGCAUUUGACAUUUAUCGGACCCCUACUGCUGGCUCGAAUAGCAAAUUUGAUUUGAUAAAAUUCAAAUAUCUUCACUGUAUAGUGACAUUAAUCCUAAACUAUAACAAUACGAACCAGAUUCAGCAAGCGGGCUGUGUCAUUUCUGUGUCAGAGGAGAGUAUUGUGAUAAGCUGUUUUCAACAUGUAUUUUUGGUUGAGAUGUUAAAAUGUGUUAAAAAACCUCUACCUGAACUAGCUAUUAUAGUUCGUCUUUUAGGCGUUCGCGAUUGGAACAUCCUCUUGGAUUGGUAA